GAAGGUGCAGCAGUUGUUGAAUUACUUGCAGCAGCAAAUAAUGUCAGCAAAGAUGAUGUCAUCUUUAUCGGACGAGAAUCGCAACAUUCAGAAGCAGAUUGGAUGCAUGAACGGCUUAUUACAACUCUUCGAUCGUCGUCAUUUCCUUACCCCCCGACGCAGCCAUAAGAAGCUACUUUUAGGUUCCCAACAACAACUGGAGUCCCAUAAUGCAACAAAACCUGUCAUGGAGAAACCAAGAUUGUCGACAGAGUCGUCGUCCCAAGCCACCUCGUAUUCAUCUUCUUCCUGUUCAUCAUCCGCAUUCUCGUCGCUCGAUCAAAAUCGAAAACCUAAACAAACACAAACACAAACACCUUCAAACAGACAAAAAACCGAUAUUUCUCAAAAAACCCAAUUCUCCGUCAAAGAAAAACAGCAGCUGAAAAAAACUCCCGAUAUUCGAGACCUAGUGAAGGACUCCAUGCACCGAGAAGCACGUGGUGUAAAUAUCAAAUCUUUCUCUAGCCAAGAAAGAAAAGUCACUGUAAUGAAACACAUGGACUCGCCCAGGCCUUUCACGCUCGCUCGUUUCUCUUACGAUGGAAGAGAAUCGCGGGAUUCUUUCAAGACCGCGAUGAAGCUCAAAGAACUCCCUCGAUUAUCGUUAGACAGCAAAAAGACUUCUUUACCCCUCGAGCCAAGAUCAUUGACCAGCCGAGUUCUACCGUUGGAUCAAGAAUCGGGAGGUCACAGUCACAGUAGAUCGUCGAGCAUUGUAGCAAAGCUUAUGGGCUUGGAAGAUUCUUUUCCCGAUAGUACCAUUUCGACAGACGAAAAUUUCAUUACAAAGACGAACUCGAAAUCAAAUUCGAAAGUUUCUGUCAGAAAAUCAACUACAUGUUCAAGGAUUCCAGUGGAGCCAGCUCCAUGGAAGCAACAAAAGUGCGGUCAAAAAACGUCUUUGCAGAGCAAGAAAGCUUCAAAAAAUAUCCCACAUCCAUCUUCGUCGGUUUACGGUGAAAUUGAGAAGAGAAUAACGGAGCUCGAGUUCAAACGAUCUGGGAAGGAUCUGAGAGCUCUUAAACAGAUACUUGAAGCAAUGCAGAAAACAAGAGUGAGAUUGGAAGAAAGUCAAACUCCGAAAGUCAACGUCCCGGAAAUGGGAACACCGAAAUUGCAAGUUCGCCAAAUUCAGGACCCUAAAUAUCGAAGGAAUAAUAAUAAUAAUCCAGCACAUGGAGAAAAGGCAAAAGAUGUUUCACCGAGAACUUACACGAAGAAGGACGCGUGGAAAAAUCAAGAACGAGCGCGAGCUUCCGAAAAUUGCACUACCUCGGGAAGCGGUUUCGGUGCAGUGGGUCCCAGAUCGCAACGGAAUAUACUCACGGCUGUAGGUGAAUCUCGUACUAACACCUCAUCGUUAGAGCCGAGCAGGGUCAGAAAGCACAUCAGCAGCAAGAAAGUGACGGAGAAGUUUCAUCAGAACAGAAAACAGAAAGUGAAAUCAACGGAUUCGCAGUUAAGUGACGACCAAUUGAGUGAGCUUAGUAGUGAGACGAGGCAAUCGAGCUACCACGGUGAUACAGCUUCAAUAAAAUCAGAACACAUGUCGGAUAUAGAAACAGAGGUCUUAAGUUCGAUCAACACGAAUACUCGAGAACAGCAGAAUUCAGUGUCGCCACCAAAAGAACACAUGUCGGCGGUCGAACAACCAAGUCCGGUUUCAGUUCUUGAUUCUACAUUCUACGGUGAAGAUUCACCAUCUCCAGUAAAGAAUAUAUCAACACCUUUUAGAGACGAGAGCCCGAGUCCCGAUGAAGCAGAAUGGCACGUCGAGAAUCUAAAUCAUUCAACACACUUCACAAAAUACGAAAAGAACGAAACUGCUGUAAAUCACAAUGGACCUGUGUAUUGGAGCCUCGAUCCAUCUCACAGAUACAUUAACAAGAUACUACAAGCAUCAAAACUCCUCGAAGACACAACUCCAACAGCCAAUCAGCUCCUCUCUUCGUGCCCUCUGAUUAAUCCCGACGUGUUCCAUGCCCUUGAAGAAACAGAGGACCCUUUGGAGGAAGCAAAUGGAGAAUUCACUGAAAAGAAUAAUCAGAUUAAGUUAAAUCAGAAAAUCGACAGAAAAAUUGUUUUUGAUGCUGUAAACGAAAUGCUGGUUCGCAAAAUCACUUCGGGCAGAUUUUUCACACUCGGAAGGGAAAGGGUUGGCAUGAAAGAGCUCGUAAAAGAAGUUUACUCGGAAAUGGACAAUUUGUGUAGGAUGCCAUAUUGCAACGUUGACGACAACGAUGAUGGAUCGAUUGGACUUGUGACUGCAGAUAUGAAGUAUCGAUCGGAUGAAUGGACGGAUCGGAGUUGUGAGUUUUCGGGUUUGGUGUUAGAUAUUGAACGGCAGAUCUUUAAAGACUUGAUAAACGAGGUUGUCAUAGGUGAAGUUAUGAGUCUUUCUGAUUGGCCGAAGAGGCAUAGUAGGCAACUCUUUAACUAGUGGUGUUUCUGUCUGUAUGCGUAAUUUUCCUCGUUUUUUGCUUCUUCUGAAAUGAUAUAACUAUAAGCACAUAUAUCUCAUUAACACGAAGGUGCCUUUCAUUUCU